UGUCGAUAUCAGCAACACCGAGUGAAAAACCUCCGGAAGCCUCGACUACCUAGGUACAUACACGCCUCGCGCUCGAGCAGAUGAUCGCCAAACACUCGCAACCAUGAAUAAAGCCACAUUAGAGAAGUUUCUCAAUGCACCUGCACUUGAACCGCCGCCAGGCGUCAAGCCAAAUUUCAAAAACCCAGAUAACCUGAGCCACCCAGAGCUCGCUGUCUUGCAGCUCACGAUCACGACGCUGGUGGUGUGGAUGCGGAUCUUCACCAAGAUACGAGUUUUGAAAAGGGUAUUGGCCGAAGAUUACUGGUUGAUCAUAGCAUGGAUAUGCUUUGUCGCUUUCCAUGUGAUAGUCUUCAUGUUUGAGGCCUUGCCUCUGGGCGUACACCAGUGGGAUCUUACCGUUAGAAGAGCGAUUGUCCACGCGAAGAUGUUCCACAUAGCCGUCGCCAUUUAUUCCUUGAUUAUCAUCCCGCUCAAGGUCUCCCUCAUUCUACAAAUACGGCGUAUCUUCCUGCCACACGACUGCUCACUGCAUGCACGCCCCCUUGUACUAUGGGUCAUCGACGGCUUUCUCGUCCUCAACGUCAUGUUCUACAUCGCGCUCUUCCUCUUCCAAUUCCUCGCCUGCCGUCCGCUCGCCCAUGCCUGGAACCCACUUAUCCCAGGGACCUGUGUCAGCAACAAAAUGGUCGUCCACAUCGUCUCCGCCGCCAUCAACACCGCCAGCGACCUCAUCAUUGUAAUCUUGCCACAGCCCAUCAUCUGGCGCCUCGAACUAGGCCGCCGGCGCAAGUGGGGCCUGAGCGCUGUCUUUCUACUCGGGACCCUCGCCUGCGCCGCCUCCUCUGUCCGCCUCUACCACACCGUGCGCCUGUAUCACGCUACGGACCAGACCUACCGCGGCGCGCUCAUGGGCAAGUGGGCUGAGCCCGAGCUCACCUUUGGCUUCCUGGCCGCCUGUCUGCCCGUCCUGCCCGCCUUCGUCAAGCACGUGAUGCGCACCUCGUUCGGCCUGCGCGUACGUCGCCUAUGGACCCAGAGCCCGCCCUCUGACGGCAAGUCAUCGGGUCGCUACGCCGGCAGUAGUGGCCGCCAGGUUCAAACGAUUGGGAGCUACGGCAAGAGCGUGGAGAAGGGCAGCCGCAUCACCAAGGUCGUGGAGAUGGACAUCGAGUUCGAGGAGCUGACGCGCGAGUCGCAGGACGGGGCGGUUCCGGACGGAGCGGCGCAGGACCGGAGUCGGGCGUCGAGCCGGGAGCGGGAUGAGUGGGUGAUUAGCGGACGGGGAGUGCGGCAGCAGGCCAGUGUUGGGCCGCUGCGGGCGUAG